UUAUUUAAGGCUUCUGAACCAUCACGAACCAAAUUUUUUACAUAAAUAUAGAUCACUUCGAAAGAAAUUAUAUUGUUAGACACAACUAUACAUAUGUUUGCCUUGUAACCCAAAAUAAAAACAAUACAUAUGUUUGCAUAUGCAACCAUCAUUAUUUUUGUUUGUAAAAGUUUCUCAUUCAACUGUGUAACUGAAUCUUAUUCUCUGGUCUUAAUUGUUCCUCAUGGCAGUCCAAUAUGUAACUCAAGCUCUUGUAUUGAUUUUUUCCAUUAUAACAACUCUCAACUUCAUUGUAUGCAUGGAGGUGACUUGCAAUGAUAAAGAGAGGAAUGCACUCCUCAGAUUCAAGCAUGGAUUGUCUGACCCUUCAAAAAGUCUGUCAUCAUGGUCUGCUGCAGACGAUUGCUGUCGAUGGAUGGGAGUUCGAUGCAACAACAUGACAGGCCGAGUCAUGGAACUCGAUCUUACACCUCUUGACUUUGAAUACAUGGAAUUGAGUGGUGAGAUUAGUCCUUCCUUGUUAGAACUAAAAUAUUUGAUUCGUUUGGACUUGAGCUUAAAUUACUUUGUCCAUACUAAAAUACCAAGCUUUUUUGGCUCUAUGGAGAGGUUAACUUACCUUGACCUUAGUUAUAGUGGUUUCAUGGGACUAAUCCCUCAUCAGCUAGGAAAUCUCUCAAACCUAAAGUACCUUAAUCUUGGAUACAAUUAUGCUCUUCAAAUAGAUAAUCUUGAUUGGAUAACAAAACUUCCUUCGUUAGAACAUCUUGAUUUAAGUGGUGUAGACCUUUAUAAUGAAACAAACUGGUUUGAACUAUUGAGUAAUUCACUUCCUUCUCUUUUAAAAUUACAUUUGGAAAAUUGCCAACUUGAUAACAUAGAAGCAACAAGGAAAACAAAUUUCACAAAUCUCCAAGUCCUUGAUCUUUCAAAUAACAAUCUCAAUCAUGAAAUCCUUUCAUGGUUCUCCAAUCUAAGUACAACUCUUGUCCAACUUGAUUUGAGUAGUAACAUUCUACAAGGAGAAAUUCCUCAAAUCAUCUCAAAUCUUCAAAACUUGAAAACUUUAGAACUUCAAGGAAACCAACUCAGUGGUGCACUUCCUGAUUCAUUAGGCCGACUUAAGCAUCUUGAAGUUCUAGAUCUUAGUAAGAAUACCAUUGUUCAUUCAAUUCCCACGUCAUUUUCAAAUUUAUCAUCAUUGAGGACAUUAAAUCUUGGUCACAAUCAACUAAAUGGUACAAUUCCUAAGAGUUUAGGGUUCCUUAGAAACUUGCAGGUAUUAAACCUUGGAGCUAAUUCCUUAACUGGUGGAAUUCCUGCAACCCUUGGAAUUCUAUCAAACUUAGUGACAUUAGACCUUUCAUUUAAUCUUUUGGAAGGACCAGUCCACGGAAAAAGUCUCGAAAAACUUUCCAAAUUAAAGGAACUACGUUUGUCUUCAACGAAUGUGUUCCUCAAUGUCGACUCGAGUUGGACUCCUCUUUUUCAACUUGAAUAUGUUUUACUGAGUUCCUGUGGAAUAGGUCCCAAGUUUCCAUCUUGGUUGAAAAUGCAAAGUUCCGUCAAAGUGCUUACAAUGUCGAAUUCUGGUAUUUCGGAUUUGGCUCCAAGUUGGUUUUGGAAUUGGAUUUUGCAAAUUGAAUUUCUUGAUAUUUCUAACAAUUUCAUAAGUGGAGAUAUAUCUAACAUCUACCUAAAUUCAAGCAUCAUAAACUUGAGUUCUAAUCACUUCAAGGGUAGAUUACCAAGUGUGUCUGCAAAUGUUGAAGUGUUAAAUAUUGCCAAUAACUCAAUUUCAGGUCCAAUUUCUUCUCCUUUUCUAUGUGAAAGAUUGAAUUUUGAGAACAAGUUAACUGUGCUUGAUGUUUCAAAUAACUUGUUAUCUGGUAAUCUUGGCCACUGUUGGAUUCAUUGGCAAAAUUUAAUGCACUUGAAUUUAGGAAGAAACAAUUUGUCUGGUGAAAUUCCAAACUCCAUUGGUUUUUUAUCUGAACUUGAAUCUUUGCUACUAGAUGACAAUGAUUUUUAUGGAUCCAUUCCUUCAACUCUGCAAAAUUGUUCUAUGUUGAAGUUCAUUGACCUGGGAAAUAACAAACUUUCUGACACAUUACCAUCUUGGAUUUGGGAAAUGCAAUAUCUAAUGGUUCUUCGUCUGCGAUCUAACGAAUUCAAAGGUAGCAUUACUCAAAAGAUGUGUCAACUUUCGUCCCUUAUUGUGCUAGAUAUUGCCAACAAUAGCCUAUCAGGAACAAUCCCCAAUUGUUUGAAUGAAAUGAAAACAAUGGCUGGUGAAGAUGAUUUCUUUGCCAACCCUUUAAAAUAUAACUAUGGUUUUGGCUUUAACUAUAACAAUUACAAAGAAAGUCUUGUCCUGGUUCCAAAAGGAGAUGAGUUGGAGUAUAGAGACAACUUGAUACUUGUGAGAAUGAUUGAUCUUUCAAGUAAUAAUCUUUUUGGAACUAUUCCUCCUCAAAUUGCGAAGCUAUCCGCGCUUCGGUUUUUGAACUUGUCUCAAAACAGUCUUUAUGGAGAGAUACCAAAUGACAUGGGGAAAAUGAAAUUGUUAGAAUCACUUGAUCUUUCAUUGAACAAAAUUUCAGGUCAAAUACCUCAAAGUAUGUCUGAUUUGUCAUUUUUAAGUUUCCUGAAUCUAUCAAACAACAACUUAUCAGGAAGAAUUCCAACUAGCACUCAACUUCAGAGCUUUGAAGCACUUAACUAUGCAGGUAAUCCUCAGCUUUGUGGUCCUCCUGUGAUGAAUAAUUGUACAAAAAUGAAACAAGUUUUGGAGCGUGGAAAUUCUGAUGCUGGUUUCGUUGACACAUCAGAUUUCUACGUAGGAAUGGGAGUUGGAUUUGCAGCAGGGUUUUGGGGGGUUUGCAUUGCUAUUUUCUUUAACAGAACUUGCAGGCAUGCUUAUUUUCAUUUUCUUGACCGCUUGAAAGAUCUUGUUUAUGAGACCUUUGUCUUAAAGGUAAGAAGGACAAUUGCAGUAUUUUGACUUUGCCUGUCAAGAGGGAUGAAAAUGUGGAAAUUGGACCAUACCGCACGCCACUAGGAGUCUGGUCGAUAUUGAAGUUGCAUUGAAGUCUCAUAUUGUUAAUACUACCAGGAUGUUGGAAGUAUAUGAUAUCCAGCCCCGUUAAAGACAGACACGGUCCGUGCCUGUACAGGCACGACCGUGCCAAGUCCCAGACUGCUAUGUUUUGUUAUUUUUCAGACCCAAAAGUCCAUGGGUUGCUUGCUAUGUAAUGUUUGUACCUUUUUUAGGGCUUAAGUUAGCUUUUAGGCUAUAAAAAGAGCAGCCAACAGACUUAUUAUUCAUCUUUUAUUAUUGGGAAUUUUCCGCGACAAUUAUUUCUUUGAAUAAAAGUUCUUAUUUUCUUGUUA